ACCCUCACCCUAACCUCACCCAUUUACCGAUUCACCCUCACCCAUUCACCCUCACCGAUUCAUCCUCACCCAUCUCCAUCUCUGAAGCUUCACCCUUGCAAAAACGAAGCUCCGUCGGUGUUGGGGGAUUCAGCUCCGUCGGUGUUGGUGCUGACUGUAAGAGUUUUUGUUGUUGAUUUAGCAUCUUCGAGAUCGUAAAGCUCGAGUUCAUCUUCAGAAAGUUUGCUCGGUUCAUCUUCAAUUACUAGGAUGGUUAGGCAAGAAGACUAUGACCAAUAUGGUGAUUUCUUACAAGCUGAUUCUGAUUUUGUGGAACCAUUUUUAAGUGGGUCUCAAAAUCCUUCAAUGCCCAUCCAGUCUUUACCGGAAGUUGAAAUUGUCACCUCUAAACGUGGUGCCAACUUCAGUGUAGAUGAGAACCUCCUCCUCAUCGCUGCAUGGCUUAACAUUGGCAUGGAUGCUGUGCAUGGUACUGACCAAAAGAGUGACAAAUUUUGGACAAAAAUUUGGGAAUUUUUUUGCACGAACAAUACUUACGGAACCACACGUUCUAGUACCUCCCUAUCAAGUCGAUGGGGAAAUAUUAAUAGGGAGACAAGUAGGUUUGCUGGGUUCAUGGCUAAAGUUGAAGCUCGAGAUAAAAGUGGUACAACUAACGAGGACAAGGUUGUCUCUAUGGGUCGCUCUCUUUUCAAAAAGUUGCUUUUUGACGACUCAGACGAGGAUGAGAUAAUGAGGCAAAUUCUUAAGGGUUCAACUAAACAACGUAAACGUCGUUGGUAUAUCGAACGUGAUCGUUUGGCAGGCCAUAAAAGACUUUAUCUCGACUACUUUUCCGACACACCAGUGUAUCCUCCUAAUUUAUUUCGGAGGAGAUUUCGGAUGAGUCGGAAUCUUUUUCUUCGUAUUCAGCAUGAGGUAGAGGCAUAUGAAUCUUACUUUAUCCAAAAAAGACAUAAUGCGCAAAAAUGGGGUUUAUCUUCUCUUCAAAAGAUAACAGCUGCACUUAGGAUGCUUGCGUAUGGAGUUACAGCUGAUUUUAUGGAUGAGUAUGUGCGAAUUGGAGAAUCCACUGCAAUGAAAAGUCUAAAAAAAUUUGUUAAAGCGGUGGUUGAUAUUUUCUCCAAGGAAUACUUGAGGUCUCCAAACAACGAAGACAUUGCUAGACUUUUAGCCAAUGGGGAAAGACGUGGAUUUCCAGGGAUGCUAGGGAGCAUUGAUUGCAUGCAUUGGAAAUGGAAAAAUUGUCCGGUUGCAUGGAAAGUUAAUUACUCAAUCAAUGGUCAUGAGUAUACAAUGGGAUACUACCUUGCCGAUGGCAUAUAUUCAAAGUGGUCAACAUUCGUUAAAACAAUUCCAUCUCCACAAGGACACAAACACAAAUUAUUUGCAAAAGCCCAAGAGGCGAAUAGGAAAGAUGUAGAGCGUGCAUUUGGAGUACUUCAAGCAAGAUUUGCAAUUGUGCGUGGACCUGCAAGAUUUUUCCAUAGUGAAACGCUUCAAGACAUCAUGAAAGCGUGUGUAAUUCUUCAUAACAUGAUCGUUGAGGAUGAACGAGAUGUAAAUGAAGCGGUGGAAUUAGAUUAUGAGCAAGUUAAUGACAAUCCUACUAUACAACUGUCACGAGAGAACACAAAUACAUUUACGGAGUUCAUUGAAACCCAUCAAUGUAUUCGAGACCAUAAAAAUCAUUUUCAACUCCAAUCAGACCUCAUUGAGCAUUUAUGGCAAUUACAAGGGGAGUUGUAGGAAUUUAGUAAGUGUGUGA